AAGCACCGAAAGUCACGGCGGAUCUGUGACUUCUCUGGUUGGCGAGAGAAAAGCAGUCAAAGAGAAAGAGCAGUUCAAAAUGAGACAAACAACACACUAAACCGCUCACAGCUGCUGGAAUUAAUUGCCUCGUGAUGCUUUGGUCGUCAAUGCCAGGGCGUGUCCUCAGGCGUCAAAUUUUCCGAAACUUUUUUUCGCCCUCCUUGUCAAGGGGAAUACAAAAAAAAAGAAAGAGGGAAAUCCGAUAAUGCGAUGGGGGGGGAACAAAAAGAUGGAAAAUAAAAUCGAAAAAAAUAUGGAAAGACAAGAGAAGAAGAAAAAAAAAAAAAAGAAAAAAGUAAUGAGAAAAAAAGAAUUGCCACUACCCGGGAUCAAAAGCAAAAGCCCAAGAGAGUUGGAGUAUGGGCGAGUUGACGGACCGGUGAUGGUGUUGGUGAGGGGAGGAAAAAAGGGAAAUGGGAAAAGAAACAGUGAUUUGAUCAAAGAUUCGAGAUUGGAGGUUAAGGCAGGGAGGUGGUGGCCCGGGAGAUUAUUGGGGGAGUGGAAAGCACGCACGCCAAACGGCACGCAGAAAAGCCGGAACACAGCGACCGCUUUAGUUCUGGUCUGUCCUUUCCGCGGAUCCGCCAAGUCAACGAAUUGGAUAGAUCGGUCAGCGUGGAUUGUUUUGACGGUGAGAUCUGUUGAGAAUGCUGGUUCGAUCCGUUAGAAUGGAUUCGCAAUAUUAUAGAUCGGAGGUAGACCGCAGAGAAAAGUCAUUCCAUCUUCUGCAGUCAAAACGAAGAUGUCAAACCAACCAGGGGGGAAAGAAAAAAUAACAACAAUAAGAAUAAAUUAAAAGAAA